AAAAUUGGUAUCAGAGCUAGCUAGUUAAAUAAUAACUAUGGAAAAUUCUGGAGCUACAAAUCUACAAAAACAGAUUACCUAUCAAGAAAAAGGAACACAAACUGAACCAGAUACAACAGAAGAAAUACUCAAAGCUAUUAAUACACUUUCUACGAAGGUGGACAGUAUGGGAAAAGAGUUACAAAAUCUAAAAGCUAAUAGUCAGCAGCAUGACUAUAAAUAUGCGGAGCUACGCCAACAUACAGAGUUACGUCGAUCGGAAGACGCUAAAAUUCCAGAGCUACAAGGAGACGAUGGGAAACUCCGAAAAACCCAUAACAAUGUUUGUUUAGAUACAGCUGCAGGUACAAGCAAAAGAAUUAAUACAAAUUUAAACCAGCUAUUUGCAAAACCAUUUACCCAAAAACCACAAAUGCAGAUACCAGCAGAACCACAAACAUCUACCUAUGCAAUAAGCCUACAAAAUGACAAAAAAAGAUACAACUAUAUUACCCAAUCUUACAUUGAAAACAUACACAAAAUUCAGACAUAUCUAAACCUAAACCCAAGAUCCACACAAACAAAAACUCCCGAAGAAGACUAUAUAACCCAGAAACUACAAGGAUAUAACAAACUUAUUGCACAACCUAAGACCAACCCCAACCUAGUAAAAACAUGUUAUAACUACGGACUAUUAAAUACAGUAUACACAUAUACCGGAGAAGAAAUAGCCGGAAUACCAGAACUACAUAGAGCAUUUUUAACAUAUAAAAGAAUUACCAAAGGAAAUUUAUUCUAUAUAAAAUGUUAUACAGCACCAGCAGAGAUACUAUACGAAGAAAUAAAAUCACCAAUACAGGUGGUAAAGAUAGGAUUAACCAGAGAUAUGAUUAUUCCAGAAGAGAUAGAAAAACAAAAUGAGAUACCAAAAGUAGAAAUACCUAACUUUUAUGCAAAUAAAAGAAUAAUUGGUAUAGCUACAAUUAUACAAGAGUUAGCAAACAAUUAUUUAAAUGGCAAUGCCAUUUGGAGCUAUUAUGCAAGAGAUCAGGUGAUGAUUUAUGCAAACUCCAAAGAAUUAAGAAAAUCAGAUAUGGAUGAAGUUCAGAGAUGGAUUUUGUCAUUGCUAAAACCAGAAGAACAACCAUCUACAAGAGCUUUGAAGAAAGGAUUUAUUUCAGAAGAAUUAUUAGUAAGAUAUUGCAAACUUAUCAGCAACAAAUACCCAGAUCAUAAAUGCUCCAAGUGCAACGGAGAAGAUAAUGUGAUACCUACAGUUGAUUUAGGAUACCUACAGUUGAUUUAGGAUAAAGAACGAAGCUAUAAAAAAAAAAGUUAUUAUUAUUGUUGUUAUUAUUAUUGUUGCGUCGGCUGAAUAUCAGCCAUAUGUAUAAAGUAAGAAUCUUUUAAUUUUGUCGUAUAGCGUCGGCUGAAAAGCCAAUAAUGUAAAAAGUCAUAAAGUAAACAGUGUUAGUGUCGGCCAAUAAUAAAGAUAGGCCACUAAGUUUUGUUUUUUGCGUCGGUCGAAUGUAAAAAGACCAAGUGUAAAGUAGAUGUCGGCCAUUUUGGCCAAAAGUGUGAAAUUUUUGUAUAUAAAUAGAGGGCUUCCCCUCAUAAAUAAAAUCAUCAGUCUUCCACUA